AAUAAGGAGGAACGGGUCGUCGACCAAAGUUAAAAGCCGCCUCUCCUCGCCCUUUAAAGCCCAUCUCUCUCGAUCGCCUUCUUCCCACUCCGACAUCCACAUGGAUCAAGAGGAGAGGCUAAGCUUCUUCCCCCCGGACUCCUACUCCGACCUUGACAGCAGCUUCACCAGCUCAACGACGUCCGCCUCCACCUUCAGUGCUCGCAGCAGUCUCAGCUUGCCCUCCUCCGCCUCGUUCGCUCUGAAGCCCCUCCCCCAUAACUGCUCCGAUCCCCACUGGUCCGCCCUCCGCGCCGCAGCCAACCUCUCCCCCGAUGGCCUCCUGCACCUUCACCAUCUCCGCCUCCUCCGCCCUCUUGGCUCUGGUCACCUCGCCCGUGUCUUCCACUGCCGUCUCCACGGCUUCGACGACGGCCAUUCUCCUGCUGAAUUCGCCCUGAAGGUCAUCGACCUCGAUGCGCUCUCGCGAACCUCGUCCGACUAUAAGAAACCGGAUGAUUCCGAGUGUGAUGAGGAAACCGGCGAGGGUGGCGGACGGGGGAAGAUGUGGCACGUGCGGGCGGAGGCGCGGGUGCUGGCGGAGAUGGACCACCCGUUCCUCCCGACUCUGUACGCGCGGCUUGACGCCGGACACUACGCGUGCUUCCUCAUCGACUACUGCCCCGGCGGCGACCUUCACUCCCUCCUCCGCCAUCGCCGAGGCCAUCGCCUCCCGCCGGCAGCAGCCCGGUUCUAUGCAGCCGAGGUCCUGGUCGCCCUCGAGUACCUCCAUGCCCUCGGCUUCGUCUACCGCGACCUCAAGCCCGAGAACGUCCUCCUCCGCUCCGACGGCCACGUCAUGCUCUCCGACUUCGACCUCUCCUUCCGCUCCCACGUCUCGCCAACACUACUCCACCGUCGUCGCCGCCUUCCUCGCCGAAAGAGUGGCCUCCUCUGCUGCCUCGUAGGCUGCAGCGCCUCAGGCGAGGACGAGGAGCUCGAGUGCGUGGCGGAGCCGUCGUCGGCCUUCUCGAGGGCAUCCGUCGGGACCCACGAGUACCUUGCUCCGGAGGUGGUCAAUGGCAGUGGCCACGGCAACGCCGUCGACUGGUGGGCGUUCGGGGUAUUCCUUUACGAGCUCUUAUACGGGCGAACCCCCUUCAAGGGCGCAACCAAGGAGGCGACGCUGCGGAACAUCCUGACGCGGGAGGUGAAACUCCCAGACACCAACGGCGGCGACGUGGUCGAAGGGGGCGACAUGGCGAAGGCGAGGGACCUGAUCGCGCAGCUCCUGGUGCGGGACCCGGCGAAACGGAUGGGGUCCGUGCUGGGGGCGGCCGAGAUCAAGCGGCACCCCUUCUUUGCAAGCGUGCGGUGGCCGCUCAUUCGGUGCGCCCGACCACCGAUACCGUGUGGCCCAGCCACCGGGCCCCUGGUGCCGGCGACCAAUGAGGGUAGCGGGCGGUGGUGGACUGCUGGGAGAAAGAACGCCACCCUCGAUAGCAACCAUAACAGCAGUAACGAUCAUAGGAAGACGAAGAAGAAGAAGAAGAAGGGAAUCAAACUGGGAUUCGGGGCUAAAGCAGCAGCACCUAACAAUGUAAUAGUGUAACUUUGACUGUACAAAGUAGUUUCUGUAAGUACACCAAAUCUUCCUCAACUUCUCGUGUUCUAAUCGGCGACAGACCGACGACGACCUGAAUGGAUCGGUCGCCAUGUUUCUUGAUAAUGAGAUCUCAGAUCUCCACACAAGUUGUGUUGGAAGGUGGUUCUAGUUAUUAGAGACGGAUCAUUUCAUUUCCA